AUGACGAGGUCUCGCGAACAUGCUUACGGGCAGGCUGAAUUCACCCCUGUGCUGCUCGGAACAAUAAGAUACAGUGCUGAAGACAGUGGUGCCCAACAGCAAAUGAUCGGCCGACGUCUGCUCAGGCACCUCACCUCAGAAGUUCCCAAGGUCCCUUUGGUGGUCAGCAUGGGACGCAGCGCCGGUGGAGCAGCCGACUUGUCUAGAGUCACAGUAGCCGUACAGUGGGCAACCAACGCAACCCUAUAA